UUCAGGCCGUUGUGGCGGCACCGUCGCGACCGCCGAGGCUCUGGCCGGGACGUCGACAAUGUCGCACCAUCUUUUCCUCCUCUCGCCGUCCGAUACGCCACUCUAUGAGCUGACCCACUAUUCCAGCAAGCCGACGCAGGCGACGGCGUCGCCGCUCUCGAGCAACCUGCCCAGCUGGUCGACGUCGGCAUUCGCGGGUACGCUCACAGCCCUAUCCGGGGCAUCCAGUGCCGCACAGUCGUACCACACCCAGGGCGGGAAUGUGCGAGUGGGCGGGGGGAAAGAUCGUCAUGUCAUUCAAAUGGUUGCUAAUGCCAGCCUGGACGUUAUCGAAGAUGUUAUGAGGAAAGAGAAUCUCAUGUACUUGAAGUCCGUGGACAAGUUCAACGAAUGGACCGUGUCAGCUUUCGUGACACCGGGAAAUAUGAAGUUUGUGUUGCUGCAUGAGACAAGGAACGACGACGGCAUUCGGUCGUUCUUCCUCGACGUCUGGGAACUGUACGUAAAGACAAUGUUGAAUCCGUUUCACACCGCGCACACACCGAUACGGAGCGCAGUUUUUGACGCACGGGUACGGGCAAGUGCCAAAAAGUACCUGUGAGCGUGCGGAAGUUCCGCUUCCCGCUCAAUUGUGUGGUUGGGGCAGGGUGGGGUCAUGGGGCGACACGCGUCUGCACUUUUUGUCUGCCGUCCUAGGGGUGUGCAUAGAGCACGAUAUGUUGGUCUACCUUCUGUUGUACAGUACGCAAGCAUACUUACUGUGUGCAGAACCCUGGUUCUCUGCGAAACGAAUGACUCGCUGGCGUGGAUCACAAUCAGUUGCCAUGAGACUCCGCGAGCGGGAGGCAAUGGACUGG